AUGGCCGAGGGAAAAAAAUCCAACCCCAUGCGGGAACUCCGCAUCCAGAAACUCGUCCUCAACAUCUCCGUGGGCGAAUCUGGUGAUAGACUCACCCGUGCUGCGAAGGUGCUGGAACAGCUGAGCGGUCAAACUCCCGUCUACAGCAAGGCCAGAUACACCGUCCGGACCUUCGGUAUCCGCCGUAAUGAAAAGAUCGCCGUACACGUCACCGUCCGAGGCCCCAAGGCAGAGGAAAUCCUCGAGCGCGGCCUCAAGGUAAAGGAAUACGAAUUGAGAAAGCAGAAUUUCUCUGAAACUGGCAACUUCGGUUUUGGUAUUAGCGAACAUAUCGAUCUGGGAAUUAAGUAUGAUCCUGGUAUCGGUAUUUAUGGAAUGGAUUUCUACUGCUGCAUGACCCGACCUGGCGAACGUGUCGCGAAACGCAGACGAUGCAAGUCCAAGAUCGGCUCCAGCCACAAGAUCAAUCAGACAGAGACCAUCAAAUGGUUCAAGUCCCGCUUCGAGGGCAUUGUCCGGUAA